AUGCAGCACGGCUUCAGACAGUACCGCUCGUGCCUUUCCAGUAUAUUGCUGUCGACGGAGCAGUGGACUCGCGCACUGGACGAGGAUGGUAGGGUCGAUGUCAUCUACACAGACUUCAAGAAGGCGUUCGACAGCGUCCCACAAAAACGCCUAAUCUACAAACUUUCUGAAAUUGGGAUAAGGGGAAGGCUGCUGACAUGGAUAACAGAUUUUCUUACCGAGAGAUCACAAACAGUGUGCAUUGAGGCCUCAAGGUCAACUCCUACUCCCGUUCUAAGUGGUGUACCCCAGGGCUCCGUCUUGGGGCCGUUGAUAUUCCUGAUCUACAUUAACGACUGCGUCGACGACCUGGGAUGCAGCGCUAUCAUGUUUGCUGACGAUGUUAAACUGUGGAGAGCCAUCAGAUCUGACGCAGACAGGUAAGCGCUUCAAGACAGUCUCACCCGCCUGAACAGUUGGCCAGCUCGUUUGCUCCUUAAUUUUAAUGUAGACAAAUGUGUGUUCCUGAGACUCUGCACAAAAAAGACCAGUAAGGAGGACGAUUCCUUUCAAUACAUCCUGGGUGGGUAGCCCCUUUCAAAUGUUGUGGAACAGAAGGACCUCGGCGUCCUAAUAAUCUCCCCGCUGAAGCUAUCAUCACAAUGUCAAAGGGCCGUCAAAUGUGCGAUAAGGGUGUUAUUUGUGCUGAGGCGAGGAUUUGUGCAGAUCGAUAAAGAGCUAUUCGGGAAGACCUAUGUUGCAUUCGUCCGGUCUCACUUAGAGUAUGCAGUCCAGGUCUGGCGACCGUGGUUGAAAAACGAUUAUUAACGACUCGAAAGAGUACAGGCGAUGGCUACGAAGAUGGUCCAGAAUCUUCAUCAUCUGCCCUACCAAACCAGGCUGAGCGAACUACAUCUGUUUCCUCUAAAUUACAGGCAACUGCGCGGCGAUCUCAUUCAAACCUACAGGAUUGUCAGAGGCCGUGAGUCCGCCCUAGACUAUGAUGAAUUCUUUGAAUUGGCCGGGACUGACCGUCUACGUGGUCAUCCCUUCAAUAUGCAGAGGAAGCUGGAUCAUUCGAACGUCCGACGAAACGCCUUCUCUCACAGGGUCAUUGGGCAUGGAACAGACUCCCUGAUGCCGUGGUUCUUUCCGAAAGUGUCCAAUCCUUUAAGUGUAGACUAGAUGCUCAUUUGUUGAGAAACUACUGUACAUAUAAUCAGGAUUAUUUUAGCGGCAGCAGUUUGUGUCUGGCUCACACUUGCCGCUAAAUUUUGAAUUUUUGCAUUUGCUGAUGUAAUUGAUGAUUAUAUUUCUGCUUAGGGAUAUGAAUAGGGAGCUCAAGGACGAAAGCCUCAUUCCCCUAAUAAACUGACUUAAAACUAACUUAAAUGGGUAGGUUUUGCGGUAGUUAACUUCUAAAGGAGGCCUAAAAGAAAGAGGCAGAUAUCUGAGCGGGUAGCUAUUAGAAUUAAUAGGUGGGGGAUAUGAUCUUAGAUGGAGUUUUAGGGAUUUAGGUUGGCAUAUCUUUGAUGCUAUUAGUUUUGCGUAGUGGGAAGCCUGGACCAGGUUAGAGGGUAAAUUAUUUAGAGCGACUUUCGUGAGAAUUAUUGUCAGGAUAAAUAUUACGGCAUUGGUUGGUGGCCGGUAUGCGGAACAAAGUAUUAUUUAGACGCAAACCUUGACCCUCGGAGUUUAUUACAAGUUCAGUUUAGGCUUAGUAAAAUUAAGAGGGGGCAACAUACCACUUAAAGUAACCACACUACCGUUGUUCUGGUUCAAAGUCGGAUUGAGUCUUUGAAUCACGUCAUUCUUACAGCGUUCCCCAGGCGGUCUGAAAAAAGGACUCGGAGAACUUCAUUGAAGUGUCGAUGCUCUCGGUUUAACUGAAGUAUAGGGAUUCAUAGAUGUUCUGCGAGGAUUAACAGGAGAGUUGGAAACGACAACUGAAUAUGCUGCUAAUCUGGGGGGAGAGGAAGACGUUAAGUAUCAUGAGUGUGGGAGGUACAGAAGCAGGGGGAAGCAGUGAGUUAGUUUUCAAAUGAAUAGGAAUAAAUUACCUCUCGACGUCUGUCGCAUUGUGACUGUAUUGGUGGGCGUUUAGCUAAGAAGGCGAUAGCUUUUAUGAGAACAGGUACCCAGUUUUUCGCUGCAUGAUUUACGGUCACAAAAAAGGAGAAAUUCACGUUUUCCAGAUAUGCAGAAACACGAUCUCUGUGGGAAAAGUGGAAUAAACAUCGAUUGGUGAAAUCACAUUUAUAUGAAUACCAUCGCGACCUCUUCCGACGCGGCUUUUAGGAAUAGAUUAAGAUUAUAUAUAAUGUGCACCGAGUUGGAACUUAGAGAAUGACCCCAAGAUCCUGUAAUGCUCAAAACUUCUGGGACAAUCUUGAAGGCUGUGGUUAUACUCUGGACCAUCGUUUGUAGGAAUAGCAUUGCCUUGAGGGGAACGACACUCAGCGUAUUACUGAGAUGUGGGUUUCGCUAAUUUCUGUUUAUACAAAAGGUAGAAUUGGCGGUGAAAAUGGGACGGGAAAGGCAAAAUAUCUGCGAUGUAAAAUUUGUGGACAUGCUACUAUUAACUGAAGUGGCAUUGUUUUACGGAAGCACAUUUAGGUAUGAUAUGUGUGAAGGAAUGAUGCUGCGUGGGGUCAAAAAGCAGAAGCAGACGGAAAUGGGAUUUUGAGAAUACCUGGCGUAGUAUGAGGGGAACUUAUAUUUUAAAUCGGACUAAGCUCUCUAAGAGAACUGUAAACGAUUUAAUUAGGCCGAAAAAUUCGCGAUGACUGGCAAGCUGGCGGGUUAGGAAGAUUACUAUCCACAUUGUCCGUAUGCAUCCUAGAAAAUGCUUUGUAAGCAAAGUUCCUUACCUUAAUGUCUUUCUGUAUUUGAAAGUUUGGAUUGAUAGCAAAGACAUCCCUGUAGCAUUAUAUGACCUUUUCGAUUGUAACAUUAGGUCAGGUGUAAAUGGUUAGGCGUAGAAAAAAAAUUAAUUCGACACAGUUCAUCGAAACAAGUGCAAUCGACUAAUGAAAACAUGCAGGGAAUUUGUAUUCACGUAUUAAAAUACGAGUUCAUCGACUCGAAAACGACUUUUCUGAGAGUGCAAUAGUCCGUCAAUCAAAUAUCCGGAAAAUUAGUCGGUUUUCCUGACAUCCUGAAUGUUCCAAAAAGCUUGCCUCACUCUCUCACAUAAUAGCCAGAGUUUAAAAUCUGCUGUACUCAUUUAGAAAAAAAGGCAAUUGGCUGGUCACGAUUUCAUAUCUCGAAGAAAAAUACCCAUGCGCACGACUCAACUAAUCUUGCUGGUUAUCAGAGAUUGUCAUUCGUCGUGUACAUGAGCGCCCGAGUUGAUAUCCCAUAGGUUUCGCAAGAAGAAUCUGACUUUCAGUUUUUGUGUGUAAGCGGGCGGAGUUUUGUGCAAUUUGUUGUCAUAUACCUGGACAACGGAAAUAAUUCGUACUUAUUUCGUAUCCAUUACACUCCGGGUUAGCUACGUUGAUAUACAGUGGAACCGUGAUUGACCCCUUAAAAAAUCCAAAUGACCUAGAUGCCUGCGAAGAACUAAUCUUCACCAUUUUCCAGAUUAUUUUGUUAUAUGUAAGAAAAACUAAUUUAGGCCAUUGUUGUGUUUAAAUUACUCAAUAUUUGACCGACUCUCAAUAGUCAUGACAUUUAUCUGUUAAUUUUUCAAACAUGAAAUCACGCCUUGAGAUGGAGACGGAAAAGUACAAGAAUAAGCUAAUUGCUCUUAGGGACAAGGAUUCUUACAACAUGUAACAUAUUUUUUAAUGGCAUUUUAAAGAUAUGACCAUCUAAAGGAUUGUAUAAGACUUGCAAUAUCACGUGAACCUCGCCCGUCUACUUACUCAUUGCGGGGUCUUAGUGGUGUUGCCAAACAAGAGCACAAAGGACAAUUUUGGAAUAUGUUAGAUAAACCAAUAACUGUCGCUGUGUCGCGAGCUGAAAAGAAACUAUUCUCGGUUGUUUUUAUUUAUUAAGAUUAUUUAAAAAUUAGGUCGAGGAGGAGAGUUUCGAAAGAAAAGUUGACGAUAGUGACGGCCCACUGCCGAACUUAAUGAAUUUAUAUUUUUUCCAUCGACGCUGCAGUGUCGGGUUAAGUAGUGAUGAAUAUGUUAAGCUGGUUUUGGCGAUGAAGUCACUUAUUGAGAAAUAUCCCCUGACUCAUGUUCGCUUUUGGGGAAAAAUAUUUGGAAUUCUACAAAAUUAUUAUAUAGUUGAAACGGAAGUGGCAGAAGGUGAAACAAUCCAAGAUUCUGAUGAUGAGGAUGAGAUUGAAGAAAAAGACACCAAUUUUGUCGGUGACGAGGAAAAAUUAUCUUUGACAGGUAUUUUGCUGGGAAUUUAAAGAUAUUUUUAUCAUGUCAACUUUUUGCCAGUCUACCAAACCUUGUUACAACAUUUUCUCAUUAAUCCUGUUAUCUGUCCAUGUAUAUUAAUAGCUAUUAAUAGACAUGGACAGGUAGCAGGAUUUGUUGUUAUCUAAAAACCAUAGACUAGUCAACGUUUUUUUAGAUAACAACACAUUUUACAAGAAACGACUGCUUUUCAUCGUUGGACCAACUACCUGGAAGUCUUUUUUUACCAAACUCGUGGAUGUUUUAUGACCAAACAAAGCACAUGAUUUUUUGAAAAAAGCAAAGACGGCGAUGCGUGCAGUAUUUUCUGAUGACAUAGUAUUUCAUGGCCUCUUAUUCAACUACACAUGGUUAUUGCAAAUUAAUAAGAUAAGGAAACUGUUCACUCAGAGAUCGACAUAGAGAAAAGAAACAUGAUAGAUAAAUAAAACAUCAUUGGUCUGAUAAAUGUGUGCGCACGACGAUGGAGAAUGCAGAGGGAGGUUAUUUAAGCAAGCGCGUUCGCAUUACAGCGAACACCUGUUAGACGUGAUCGAAAUUCGGCACCAGCGAUGGGAGAGGAAUGGGAGAACGGGUAUGGGGAUGAGUGUAUGAUCGUUAUCGAUCCUUACCAUUGCAGUGCGAGGCUGAUCACGUGAUCCAGCUGCUUAGAGAGUUCCGGCUUUAUCCUUCAUAUUUCAGCGGUCUCGGCAAAGCGCUUGAGACGCCAAUCGUCAUUCAAACGACCAUAAAUGCAGUCGCUGAGUCCACAUAUAUCCCGUGUCUACUAAGUAAUGCGUAACUGAACUCCUGGGUGCCUUAUUUUCUGCCAUUAACAGCCACUGCGACUUGUGUUUGGCUGAGCAAACUGCCAAUUUCCUUUGCGUGCGUACAGUGUAUUUUCAUCCGUACUAUAUGUAACCUCAUAAAUACAAUUUUAUGUCGUGUGCAUCGGCAGAAUGUCUCCCUGGUCUAACUGGAAUAGCCGCUGCAUUGCUCAUGAACAACAAAUUAGAGGCGACGUACGUCCGUUCAAUCAUGCACCUAAAUCGUAGCUUGAUCAUAAUUGACACAAUAGCAACUUUGAAAGGGAGGUUCAUGCUUACCGAUUUUUUUUGUCUGGGAUGUCGAUACUUAUCGAGAAAUUUUUCUGGAUACCAGUUUCCAAGUGAAACGUUUUUUGGAACCUAAUUAGUCGUCGAUCGUGUCUGAGGAACAGAUCCUAUUGGUUAUGUUGAAGAGGCAUAAAACAAAGUUUUGUUUUUUUCUGAAUGGGAGCGAAACUGAGGAAGUGAAUAUAGUGUCAUUUUUAGGUGGCGUUUCGAUAGACAGAUCUCUGAAUAGAGCCAUCUGCUCACCUAGGUACAAGAACGUCCAAAGGUCACGAAACUUUAUGGCGUCAAUAAAUCCUGCACGUUUCGUCGCCUUCGCUUUGUUCAAAUGUAUUCCAGGAAAACAGUGCUCCAACAUGAAUAUUUGUCAAAUACCUCAAACUGGGAGAAGGUGAGCACGAUAAGUUAAAGAAACAGCCAGGAUGGUCGAAAAUAUGUAAUUAGAGGUAAGAAAUAUAGACGAAUAUUUAACAUUUAUUGUAGGCUAAAGUAAACGGAAAUGCAGAAUUAAUUGCUUCCUGUGUAUCUGUUGGCUAAAAUACAGUGAUGCUCUACGCGGCGACUUCUUUCCAUGAAGAUGUCGCCCUUCUAACCUGGGAACUAAAUAAUAAUUUUAAGAAUCAUUGUACUUGAUACGGCUGCGAUCAUGCCAGAUCUAGCCGGCCUCGAUGAUGUCCCGAACUAUACCUCUCCACGCGUGACGAUCCGCGGCAGCAGAUCUGGACAGCUCAACCCAUUCCCUUUGCCAACGACGGAGGCCGAAUACCGAAGGUCUAAGAACCAUCUCCAUGUCUUUACGAACUGUGUCGAGCUAGGUUUUGAACUGACCCCCUCCUAGACGCCUCCACUGGGGCAAUGGUGCCAGAUCGAGGGCAGUAGCACUGAGCUCUUGAGGUGGACGACGAAGAACAUGCCCGAAAAAUGCCUAAAUGGGUCGGGCAUUUUAAGAAUAGUCAUUAGUUGCUGGCAUAUAGGCUAUAACUGCGGUCAGAUGAAUAAAGAACUGUUUAAAUACAUUAAGCUAAUUAGAAGAAGUUGAUGUGGUUUUAAGCAACGUUACGCUUCACUAUACCCUGAGGCAUAAAUUUCGUUUUAUUCUCUAUCAUGUAAACAAUGAGACGAAUGCUUUCCUUAAAUUACCAGUUAGGUGGAAGUUUGCUUUUUAAUUUAAAUAAAAAAAUAAAAAAUUGAUAUAAAACCUUUACAUAAUACGUCAAAUUUUAUUCCUUUUUUGGAACUUUUACAUGUAGCUAGACUGCGGCAAACUGCUGACAUUUAUCCCAAACUCCUUACUCCCAAUGCAUUGCAAAUAUGGACAACGGAGAUCUGAAUACCUAGUUUCUGUUCUGUUACGUCAUUAGUCGCUCAGGCGCAUUCUUAACGAUCAAGAUCAUUUGCUGAGAUCUACAGUAUCUUCAUAUUCGUGUCACAACAUCCUCAUCAACCUGGUUUGACUGAUGAUUAAAUCACUGGAGAUUCAUCCCGCCAUUAAGGUUGAGUUGGAAUUAUUGGGCAAAAUAGUAGCAAUAGAUCCGUAUUUUAAUUUCAGAAUGGGUGGUUUCCGUUUAAAACCAAGUCCACUGUAAGUACCAGGUCGGGUUGUAAAGUCUAUUGCAUGGCGCGUUUUACUUGACCGGCUUCUUCCCAAGGAUUUCUUAUGAUUGCAUGCUAAAAGUGUUUUUGUAUAUCGGGCAACUUUGAAUAUGCAGACGGCAUGCACCAUACAUGGCAAAACGUAUAUUCUAAAAUAUCGAGUGUCUUCAUAUAAUCUCUCAUUUCUAUGUUGUCAAUCUCAUCAAUUUGUUGAACUUCUAUGUCUAUGCACAUUACUUUGAUCUUUAUUUCUUUGGGUGUUGUAUUUAGUUCUGUUCCGUAAAUUACUGUUUUAUUGCGGGUAAGAGCAUGUUUUUACCCGGACGCAAUCAGUAGGUUACUGCGGCUUUAGCGUUCGAGUAACACGACGGUUUUUAUAAGCUUUUAAAAGUACUCCCUCUUGCUUUGUUGUAAAGUGUAUUUUUAGAUACUAGCCCCGCCAUUACUGGCUUUUGAUUAUUUAAACUUCUAGCAGAAUUCUAAUCAUAUACGAAAUUGGCUAAAUGGCCGGAAAAAAUAUACUGAUUGCAGACAAAUUCAUUUUUGACUAUGCCUUAAACAAAUGGUCACACCUUUGGCACUGUAUUUAGCUUAUUUGCUGAUUAAGAUCUUCAGUAUUCCCGCUUCUUUUGGGUUUUGCACAAUAAUAAUGAAAUAAACUUUUGUGACUUGCACAAAACAGCACACAAAUAAAUAAUUUUCCACUGUGUUCCCCAGGAAAAUCGUUGGCAGUGAGACUGUGAAUGCAUUAUUAAGAGUGAGGAAAAGUGACGAAAAAAUGGCUUCUUUGGAUACCGUUCUUGACCUGUGUAAUUUUUUCUAAGUUAAAACAACCGUUAAGAAUACAGGCCCUCUUGUGGUAGCCCUAUGCCAAGUCGACUGCAAUGAAUACACAUUCCUCUGACAGGGGGGUCGUUUUUCUGAGAUGAAAAAACGAUGAAGCCGAGACGAGUCAAUAUAAGAAGCUUGAAGUGUUCUUUGGAAAUUUUAGGCUCUCCAGCAUCGCCAAUGAGUAUUCUAACAAGCUGUUUAGACAGUAUUUUAGAAAGUAGUAAAUGUAAGUGUAAAGCAUACUUUGGAAGCAAUGUUAUAACUCGUGUGGCUCAGAGUGAUCCUCCAAGAAACUUUGUUUUAACGGAUUUUAGGUUAUGUUUGAAUUUCUAAAUCAUAAGUAUCAAACUGUUUAGACAUGUUUGCAAUUUCCCAAGCAGUGACAUUAUUCAGACCGAUGCGCGACAGAAAUAAAAUUCCUUCGUUUCGUGAAUUCAAUAGCCGGUUAUAAUUCUCAAACUCCUGGACGACACAAAAGCACUCGACCUUCGUUUUAGUUCCAGAAACAACCCCAAUUUUUCGUUUUUAAGGCAACAUCUGAAGUCAUUUAAAAGUGACCAUUCUUUUUCGGCGUUUUGUCAAUAAAAAUGCGCCCGUUGACCCAGAGCUGAAUAGCGCACAAGAUUUACGUGAGUCACUUCUUUGUUAAUCAACGCCAGUUGGUGGACGUUCUGCUGUUGAAGAUAAUUUUUCCGUCGUAGAACUCAGGAAACUUGCAAAUAAAGUAUUUGCCUUAUCCGAACCACGGAUGCUUUCUCUUCAGAGGACGACUUCCCAAAAAACCGAUGGAAGCCUCCGCCAACAAUUCCACCGGAAGAAUUCCGUGAAGGCGUUAAUAAAUAUGUCUACUUCGUUUGUCACUUUCCCGGUGGCAGGUGGAUUCGCCUUCCGCAUGUCAAACCUCAGCAGAUAUGCGUUGCACGUCAGGUAAGGUAUUCUGUUGACUACUCGGUGUAAGCUGUGUAUGGGACAUUGUAGAUGUGCUUCUUGCCUUGCCUGUGAAGGAAAUGCAAAAUAUUGAUUUUUUGACUCGUUUUCCCUACGCAACUAGGGAUUUGUUUGUAGAAUGGAACUUACCUGCGGUUAAUAAACCUACGACUUUGUCCCGUGUGCUAUUUCUUCUAAACGACCUUGAUAGCACGGGGAUUUUGCCUUCUGACAGCUAGAAAUAGGCAAAUUAAUCGUUAAAAUGCGCCAAUGACAAUAUAAUUGCCCUCUUGGACUCGUUCUCCCUACUCCUAUUAUCUUGAGAGUGCGACUGUCAUUGAGAAGUUUCAUCACUUAACCGGAGAGAGGAGCCGGUCCCUGUCUCUCAAAGACAUCCUCAGCUAUUUUGCGGACUCAAUGGAAUGUCAUAUUUGAUUUUCUGAAGAUGUCCUUGAAGAGUUCAAUAUGUUUUCAAAAUAGAUUCUGGAAGAUAUGCGUACAGGCAUAUUUGAAAAAAUACAAUACAAUACUUUUUGAUGGAAUUUUCCCAGUCGGAAAGCGAUGUUUAUCAGUUUGCCCGGAUUCCAAUUCCUUAUUUCUAAUUUCACAUGGGGUAAUUAUAAGUUGGCUCUCGAUUUUCCGUUAAAAUACGGAUGGCAGCUAGUACAAUGUAAUUGCAUGUGUUAUGUAUCCAGUAAAUGGAUGAAAAUACCGAAGCCAAUUCGGGACUAAACGCAUAAUUUGGUUGGAAAAGAGUCCCAUUUGUUAAGUUAUUGUUUCGAAAUAGCAUUUAAUUCAUUGCCGAUUUCCAUCAUAAUUAGUAGAGCUUUUGAGAUUCAUAUCGUCUUUCAGUCUUAUACGGAAUUAUUGAAGUGCCGAUUCUACUGAGGUUAGUAGGAAGGUAAUAGUUUCGACCUCUCAUAGUACCACUACUCAGUCCCUGGAAAAUCUUUUUACUGCUAUGUUAAUCCAUGCGGUAUGCUUCCAAAAAAGCAAAUAACAUUUUAUAGGCACUGCAAUGGGAAAGGGUCUGGAGGACUUCCAGCUGUUAUCAUCGACCGUUUAUUUAUUUACGCCGUUAUUUAUUAAACGCCGGCAAACACACGAAAGGAGUAGUACUACUUGCUUUUAUAUUUCAGUAUUCAGUGCCACUGAUAGUGGAAAGCGUCUGUGAUCAGGUUACUUGUUAGUUUGUCAAAGAGUUUUAUAAGAUUCUAGCACCUCCUUUCCAAGUAGAAACGCACUUUCUUCCCUAUAAGUGCAUCUCAGUUUGUCGAUUGAGCUGGUCAGUCAUGUAAAAUGCCAGUUCACUGCUUCAAAGAUCAGAGUCAAGGCAGGGCGUCUCUUGACAAACGCCUUAUUAGCCUAUAUGCACAGCCUGUUUCACCAUUAAUUACCUCUUAAAAGCUUGUUAUCCUUCCUCCGUUCGUAAGCUCCGUCUGUACAAAGGCCCGUAUAAUCAGCGGUCAGAAAAAACUCGUACUGGCUGUUUCACUAUGGACUGCGAUUCUAAGAUUAACACAUUUCUUCAGUUAAUCGUUCCGCCUGAAUAUUGCCUAUAUCUACCCCGCAGUCAUAGACUAGCCUCAAAGAGGUGUCAGCCAAUUGAGCAAUACCUUAUCAUUUGUUCUCAAGGGUGUUGCUUAAUGCCAAAAACUGAAAUACAUUACUGCCUUCGGCAACAGUAUAGUAUGUGGCCCCGCUGAUAAAACUGUAACUCUUAAACCUAACAUUAACCGCAACCUUAACCCUAUCCUUAACAUAACUAUUGAACCUAGCCCUAACCAAAACAGGGACUAUAAUCUUAUCCUUAACCCUUAAACAUAAUCUUAUUUCCAACCCCAACUUCGACCGUAAACUCAACACCCAAACCUAGCUUUAACCUUAAACUUGGCCCUAAUUACUAGUGUUGGUAUUUAAAUAGCAUUAACGUUAGUUUCGUGAGUAGGCCAAAUGUAAGACUUUUGAAAUGGUUCACCUUUGUCCGUAAUAUUACUAUGAGGGUUGUGUUUUUCUAACCGCACAAAGUUCUUCUAAAUCUGUUACCUGCAGAAAAUAGCGAAACGCUCCCAAAUAAAAUAAGUAGGCGAGUUUUAGUCACAGCGACUGGGUGAGCCAACAUGAUAUACCGUCACCCUACUUUCGUCUAUCCUGGCACAGACUUGUAACACUUCUUUUUAACUUUCCCCUGCGCUCAGAUCUGCCGCUUUUUCACCGGCAACUUAGACGCCCCUGUGGAAAGCUUCCCCAUCUUUCCAGGAACCGAGGCAAACUACCUGCGAGCACAGAUUGCACGCAUCACUGCCUGCACUCACGUCUCUCCGGAGGGAUACUUUAGCUUUGAAGACGAAGAGGGUGAGGAGGAGUACGACGAUGACGAGGAGGAGGAAGAGGACAGAGCGCAACGGGAAUGCAUUCGGAACCUGGAAUACGCUCCCUUGCCGAUCACACAAUUGGGUCAUCCUGGUCUCAAACACUGGGUGCACCACUCACCCUAUAUCUUGCCUCAAGGCCGAGUUAGAUGGUAUGCCCAAAGUCCUUUCGCCUGCAUCAGAUCUUGGACUUUGAUGUUUCAGCGGCGAUAAACUAACAUGGACGCCAGCACAUACUCACUUGACUGGGGUGUUAAAGGAUACGCAGUUCAUGGUUAGCGAUAGUUCAGUAACUACCGGCAAAGCAGAAUUUUCGCCUUCCUUACAGCUCACUUCGACAACUUUCUAAUGUCAACCUUUGUUUCGCUGCCAGCGGUAUUACUCUUUCCAGGAGACCGAUGUUUUUCUCUUGUCUACAAAAAAAUACCGGACAUUUUUGAGUCCAAAUCCAAUUAACUCACUUGAGUGCAUGCCCAACUCCGUCUCAAGACAUAAUUGAGUAGUCUCCUUGCGGCACAGACGAACUGACAGAUCUGUCCACUUAUGAUUUACAAAAGAAUUAGUGUAAAUAUGUCCAGACGUAGCAGCAGGAGAAUAUCACGACUCUUCAACUAUGCUACCCAUUGGUUCUAGUACUGACACUACCACCCGAAUCACCCCUACCAUUAGCAUAGAUCCUGUUAGCAGCCAAGUUCUCGACGGAGAUUCCUAGCAGUCGAAGAUUAUACCUAUUAGAGCACCCAUGGUACACGCGAUACAUAUGGCAGGGAAAAUAUUCUAAUAUGUAGCAACAUAGUUAAUAUGCAAAUUAUACUGCUCCCAAUCGGGGGCUCUUUCAUGUAGCGCAAUCGCAGCGAAACUAAUAAAAAUUGCAACUAAGGAAGAAAUUCUGAAAAGAAUGCAAUAAGUGACCCAACUCUGCGUAUUACAUAUGAAUGCCUACUGAUUCAUACGAAAUUAUUGUUUAAUUUGGGUACAGUUCCUUUUUUCAAGAGACCAUAAAUUUUCGCUAAUGAUUUGUCGGUUGGCAUACACCCUAACUUGGAAUACUUUACCUUUGCCGGCAACCGUGGCAGCUUCCCUGUGUUCCGCAAUUCUGCAUCAUUAUGUCGUGUCGUUGGGUCAACGUUCCUACUUUGCUCUUAUGGAAUUCGCCGACAUCACCCGUCCUUGGGUUCCUAUUGGCUGUUUCGCUGCCUCGAUCUCUGAACAUGGCUUGUUACUGUACAGGCGCUAUAUUUAGCUUCCUUCGGUUUUCGGUGUUAGAUUUCGUUAGUAUUCAAUUUUCCCGCUAUAUUUCGAGGUCAUGCACGAAUAUUUUUUUAACUAAUUCGCGGAAUUAGAACACUUUUCCAAAAAUUCGCAUUGUUAAUAGAGUUCUUUCCCUUCCAUUGGCCCCACACAUAUAACUCCUACUUCCACCGGUGACCUAUCCUCCGCAUUCUGAAUGGGGUCGCUUAUUGCGUCGUCUCCGAAAUUCGAUCACUGGAAAAUGGGCGUUUUUCUUCCUAGAUUUUGUAUUCACGAUCGAAAUCAGCAAACUGAAUUUGGGAAUAUAUAAGAGGCGCAGUUCCUGCGCGACCACCGUGAGCAGGGAGGAAGAUUAAGGGUUAGUUUGCGAGCACCCGGUUGUGAAGACACACAUAACCACGGCAGUUCAACCGCCGUGACCAACGGUGUCUGCCGUGUGCUUUAUAUCAGGGUGUAAUCCGAGACGGUGAUUUGUGUGCUAAUUCGUUUAGAGGGAUAGUAGACUUGUGCUGCGUCUUCUACGCUCUCCUCCUCCCCCACCUGGCAGCGGUGUCAAGACAGAGUCAAGAGGACCGGAGACGGAAGAGGCGCAGGUUGCUGACAAGGAGAAAACUCGUGUCUUCGCGUGUCAAUGCAUCCCUUGAUCCACGACGUAUAUUGACCAGAAUUUUAUACCAGGAACAGAAAGGGGUGGAACGGAUCCAAAUUUUCACGGUUCGGACCUGCGACUAGGCGUGCUGCCACACCCCAAAUGUUGGCAUUUUUAUGAGUGUUCUUUCCGGCAACGCCAGCCGGACUCCGAUCUAUCCCCUGUGUUGGUCCAACGCAUCUACCGCAUAUAGACACGAUGAGCACGUAUCUGGUUUAACCUGUCGGUCAGCGACGGUUACGGGGGUGUGGCCGCUGUACUCAGCAGGCCGUCGUGGAACGCCAGAUGAGGGCUGGGUGCCACGGCAGGAGCGAAGUAUGAGUAUUCACUAAGCCCACUUAAGCGUUAACUGGAGUCCACCAGGUUUUUGGUUGCAUGUACUUCUAACGACAAUGGCCACGCCUGAAUUGACCGGCAUAGAUGGCGCCUCAUGAGUUACUUUCCAAUUUUCCGCAGUUUGCGGCAGUCUGAGCACAUUCUCCGCUAUACUGCAGAGCAACAGUCAUUAGACUAAAUCGAGGAAUCGGGAGUGACCGUACAGCUACGGGAGGUAACGUUAUCCUAAAGGAUAUGCCAUUAGGUACCCCUGGCCAGUGACGGCAACUUUGCCUUCUCUGUUCUGCGGCAUUGAUGGGCAUUACUAAUUGGGUGAAGGAUAACUGAAUUAAUUCUUUUAUCUGUUCAUAACGGCUAUAGAUACGCCACAAGCAAUACUUUUAAGCAAACUGCCCAUUCGUAUAAAGAUGUGCUUGAGCCCGGCCCUUCCUUUCCACAAAAUAAAUAAAUCGCUUACAGGUACUGCUGAGUGCAUGUACACCCCCCUUAGUUAUGACGAAUUAUAAUACAAAGCUUGCGAACACUUAGUUAAAUCACUUAUGCUUUGGCAUUUAAGUAACCACAAUUUUUAGUAGGAAUUUGGUAAAACCUAUGAGCCUUCUUCAUCAGACUUAGAAGAAGAUUCAGGAAGUUAAAGUGACGUCGUCGUGCCAGUACAAUUAUUGCAAACUUAUGUAGUUUUGGUUAAUUAUAAAAUCUAUUUUCUCCUCACCCCUAGGUUGAACCCAGCGUCGUUGGCCUUUGAUGAGGCCUCAGAACAAUCUUUUGAAAAGGAAGAGGAGGAUGAGCUCGCGGAAACGAAGCUGGUUGGCUUGAAUGACCACGCUGAGCGUGGACUCCCGCUGCUAACCAGUAUUUCUAACGAUAUUGACGUCUAUGGACAGAUGCCAUGGAGCGUUCGCGUGUUCGACAGCCCCUCACCCGAACAGGCCUGUGUGCUAGUCUCCUCCAACCUCUGGGUCGGUGCGCACGCGAUCGCCUGGGAUAGGUCGGUAACGAUAGAUUUAAAAAUAAACCUUCCCACCAUAAAUCCUUCUAUUGUAGAGCUGAAGACAUGCCAGAAACAUCUCACAAGUAAGAAGGCAUGCACAUCGGAACCAUGGAGUGUAGUGCUAAACACCGAGUUAAUUGCUAGGUAUUAUUAGUUGACUAUAUUCCUGUAGUCCCGAAAUAUUUUCAACGAACAGUGACGCUGUCCUGGUUUUGUCAUUAAUGGCUUAGAGGGGUUUUUGAUCUAAACUCCGAAAAUUCUGCCAGUCUCGGUAGAUUAGUUUGAAUUCCGUUUGGAGGCCAUUCAAUUAAUGCACAAAUGCUGGCUAAAUAGAGUUUAAUAGCUGUUUUGGUGGACUUUGGAUAAUUAAUUGUGACCCAUCUGUGAAAAACUCGGCGAUGUCGAUGGGAUUCGUGCUCACAACAAGAGACAGACUUGAGCACAGCCAACGCUCCAGCCCCCUGAGCUAGGUGGCCUUACCAGGACCUGUCAGUUUAAUCGCAUUUAUGUCAAGUUACCUGGUUGUCAUCUGGUGGAUCCUAAAUGGAUUACUUAGGAAAUCCUUCUUGGGUAGUUUGAUAACUGCACCGGAUUUGCUUAUUUCCAUACGUUGCAAUAGGCUGGCUGGGCCGGUAAUUUGAUCUAAAUGUUAUUAACCCCACGGCUUCCGGUGGGCCCUCGUAUCUGAGGUGACAAGAGCGUCGGGUGUACUCAAGCUUUCCCCUAGCUGUCGUGGGUUCACACCCCACCGAGGUCGCCUAUUUUUGAUUGGGUUAAAAUAAAUAAGAUUUGUCAAGUUAGGGACAUAAUACUUUAACAUUCUGCUAAGUAAUCUGCUAUUUAAUUGUAAAUGGUCGUGGAAAAUCAAACAACGACGGUUCUACUUUACCCUUCACUGUCUAGUGCUGCCAGGAAAGUUAUGAGUGUAGCUUGAAUCCAACAAACGGCAAUUUAUCGGAGAAGAAAAUCCGCAGAACAAUCACUGUUUCCGCAUCAUUCACAGCUCCACGGUUUUGACAACGCCUUUUGUCAUUCUCGUUGGCUUACGCAUCCCUUAAGUUAAUAUGGCAUUUUCUGUUUUUUUAAAGAGGAUCGAGAUCUUGAACUCCGGAGCAAGUUCGAGUGAAUCAGGUUCGCUUCAUUUUCAGCGCAUCAAGUAUUCUUGGUGAUUGGGUUAGAGAGAUAGUUCCUCAGUGAGCCCGAAUUUAAUUGCCAAAAACCCUUUCAAAAUAGCGCAAAAAUUGCUAACCCUUUAAAACCAGCUCAAGGCUCAACUAAAAAGUGGAAGCUAUGUCGCCCGAAAGCAUAUUAUCAGAGCGUGUCUGGUAACCUGGUCAGUGAACACACUUUUCAUUGUAUUAAGCUGGGACACUGUCCAACUUACUUGUUACUGACGUCCAUGCUUCUAAGAACGUCAGCGACGGCCGGGAAACUUCUUUGAAACACUGUCAGACAUGGUUAACCACUGCGGGCAGUUUUUCCAUGCUCGAGACGUUAAAAUCUAAAGUGCUGACCGUUGAUACCUAAGGGCAUGGUGAAGAGUUUCAGUUGUACCAAAAGCACCGGAAGUGGUGGUUUUUCGUUCUCCACUAAGACCGAUUGCAGCUCAGUCAGAACAAAAGCGAGCGCAAGGUACUGAGAGGCACGGAUUCUCCCUGUGGAAGGCUACAACCAUGGAACUCUCUGCAGCCCGGUUCAGGUGUGGGGUCACUUCGAAACCAUGCCGGCUUUCCUGAGGGCGCAAGUAAGAUUUGGAACUGGCCUGUGCUUAAAACAGGUCACGCACUCCAACCAGACCUUCGUGUGCUCUCAUGUAGUAAAGACUGUCCAACAAAUAUGCAUUUCUGAACUGUGCGUUGUGGCCAACAUUGCGGUAUGCCAACUUAACCCUGUUUUCCUGAAAGACGCGCAAAAAAUGAAAUAUGAAAGAGAGUUGCACGCAGCAUACUCCAUCAUAUCUUGGCCAAUCAUUCUGUAUUACUCCUUUUUAUGGAAGGCGCGAAGGUUUUUGCCUCUGGUAGCAUAGGUUCUUCUCUUACCGGUUGCUCACUUAAUAUGCAGGCUUACUUAGCAGAAGCGCACCCCAGACAUCGGGUUCCGAAUUCGUGUUGAAAAAAAAAACAGUUCUUCACCAAACCACCCCUAGCGACCACUAACUAACGAUCUGCAGUAUACUUGGGUUUCUGGACAACUAAAUGCUAUGUUGAGUGCGCUAUGGCGGAUUGAUCGGGGACCAAUCAUGCCAAGAUUAGUAAUUUCCUAUGCAACAGCAGGAGCAAAUCCCCUUACAACGCGGUUCGUUGGGUUGGGCUAGCCUUGUAUGGCUUAAGGAGAAUGGCAUUUGCUUCCAUAACCUCCCCCGAGCUGAAAAAGGGCUCAUGCAGACAGUCAGUGUGGAAAGUUCAACUUGUUUCCUUUUCUGGGUACUGUGUAACCGUGUCCCAGGUUGAAGAAGCUGACAGAAAUUGUAUCGCUGGCAUUUGCCAAAGAUUGGGUCAAAUUCGCAAGCGUGUCACUCAUAACUUUAUUCUCCUACAAGUUGGUUUCAUCUGCCCCCUUGGAUUCUGUGAUAUGGCAGCUGACCAAAAGAGUGACUAUUUUAGCUGAUUGACGAUUAAUCGAAGUCAAUUAAAGAGACAAGAUCACAGUGGCGGUAGGUCUAGCAAAAAGUGUGGUAGCGACGAUUAUAUGUUCUCAUUCGCACAUACCAAAUUAGCCUACUGGCUGUUCAGUAUAGGGAUAAAUGGUCCGGCCGGUCAUGUUUUGAAUGAAGUGAAAUUAAUGCCACUACGGCUGCAUAAUAUAGAGUUGGUUGCCUUAAAACACCUAUAUCUAGUAGGAUUAUGAUGUUGGAUGCAAUAGCUGACAACCAAAAACUGUCUUAAUUAGAAUUUAAAACGACAGAUUUCCCAGAUCAAUUUUCGCUGUGGAUUACAGCGCACCAACAGCUCUGAGACCAAUAGUUUUUAUUUGCAAACAGGGGCUAGAUGAACAGUGUUCAGUAAGAACCAAUCACUGAAUACGUAGUCGCCGAUUAGCCUCCAGUCAUCAAGCACACACGCGAUCUGUCAGAGCCAAACGCGUGAGUCAGCGCAUGCUUGCCCCAGGGGUCACAAGGGGUCGGUAGUUCACGGUCUGCAGCCUGUUGGUCGAUACCCUGGGGAAUUCGGUUAUCAAGACAAUAGGACAACUUCUACUACAAAGCGAUCCCGCUUCUCGUGUGUCAACAUCGCUUUGUUGAGAGAAGCCACUUUUAUGGGAUUGAGAUCUGUGCUGUUCUACCCAAUGGCGAGUGGCGUGUUAGUGACUCAAUAGUUUUUCCCAGUUUUUCAUUUUUUCCUACAACAUUGUGUGCAGAUCAAAGAGUUUUGCUUCUUAAAGUCAACAGGCCUCAACAUUUUUCGGUGGCGAAAAUAAAUGGGUGAACAUCCAACAAAGGUAAACAAGAUGGAACCUACGUAGACAGGGAAUACCGAGGCAGCAUAUCAAUAUCCACAUACGCAAAUAAAUACCCAACUGAGAAGCGGGAAUUGACUGAAACUCAAACCAUUUGUGGGCCUUCUGCAUAAAGCGUGCUAGUAUGUGUAUGCUUCUAGUCGUAGGUGUUGGUCGGCAGCAUGAGUAGGUCAUGGAGAUGCAAAUAAGUCGGACGCAAAUAAUACCUCAGGCACCCCAAUUCCUCUGUCUUUGUCACCUAUGGCCUUGCCUUUUGAAUCUCUAUCCACACGAGUUCUGAACUUUUCAUACGGCCCAAAGGUUCCGCUCAAGAAAAAGUGUUCAUCCAUCUAUCUCGGCCACAGGCAAAAACUCAUAAGCAUCCAAUCCUUGGCUGGCUGGCUACGACAGUCUACAAAAAUCAUUAAAAAAACUUUAAGCCACUUUAAGGUGGUAAUUUCUUCCAAUCCUUCAUCCACAAGUCUACCUUACUGUCUAUAUGUGGUAGCGCAAACUAAUUCUAUCCAUCAUCCUCUUUGCUUGCAGCAACUACGACAAUAUCUACAUUGGUUGGGGUUUGAAGUCUACGGGGCCCGGCUUGAGCCCUUACACGCCGCCUGAGCCAAUGGAAGAAGCGACGGAGCAACACCAAGAGGCUACAGAUCCAACACCAGAAGAGGAGGCGGCAGCUAACGAGCCUGAAGAGGCUCCUGAAGAAACAGACUCUGAGGACCUCGAUGAACAAGGACUAGAGAACUAA